AGCUGGGCAGGGCUAGCGGCUCUUGGCUGUCGUCACUUCCGCUUCUCUGUCAGUCGCGAGCGAGUAGCCGAGUGUGCGGCCGCAGGGACGGAGCAAUGCCUAAAUCAAAGGAACUUGUUUCUUCAAGCUCAUCUGGCAGUGAUUCUGACAGUGAAGUUGACAAAAAGUUAAAGAGGAAAAAGCAAAUUACUGCAGAAAAACCUGUGAAGAAGCAAAAGACUGGUGAGACCUCAAGAGCUCUGUCAUCUCCCAAACAGAGCAGCAGCAGCAGAGAUGAUAACAUGUUUCAGAUUGGGAAAAUGAGGUACGUCAGUGUUCGGGACUUCAAAGGGAAAGUCCUAAUUGACAUUCGAGAGUACUGGAUGGAUCCAGAAGGUGAAAUGAAACCAGGGAGAAAAGGCAUUUCUUUAAAUCCAGAGCAGUGGAGCCAGCUGAAGGAACAGAUUUCUGACAUUGAUGAUGCAGUAAGAAAACUGUAAAACCUGAGCCAUACGAUACCUGUAAUGUCUUAGUUGUUUUAAUCUGUCUUUUUACAUUGGCUUUUGUUUUCUAAAUGUUGUUUUCCAAGCUGUUGUAUAUUUGGAUUGCAGAACACUUUGUAAGACGAAUACUUUUUUUUUAUGUGCAUUAUUAAAAAUGUUCUGAGUGAAGCUAAUUGUCAACUUUAUUAACGAUUGCUUUGUGCCCACCUAGUGUAAAAUAAAAUCAAGUAAUCACAAUCUUAACUGUGGUGGCCUUUUUUGAUCAGACAUUUGGUACUAUUUAAGGCCAAAAGGAACAGUUUUAUAGACCUUUUAGUUUUAACUCAGCUUUUACAUUAACAAGGAUACUUUGUUCAGUUUUUAAACUUUUGAUUUGUGAAAUCUGUACUUUAUCUUUUUUGUUCUAAUGAAAUGUCUAGAUUUGUUUUGACUUUCUACCCCAAUGAUAUUUCACUUCCAUUUUUCUCCUUUAAUCCAUUUUCCUUUAAUAACUCUCAUGUUCGUUUUUAUUUUUCUCUUUGAUGUUCUUGACUAUAUUUUGCUGAUUUGGAAAGUGAAAUUGUCAAAAUAUUAUCUCAGUAAGGUACUUAAUUAAAAUAUAUGAGGACUACAAUCACUAAAUCUAUUGUAUUAAAUCUUAGCAGAUACUUGGUAACAGGGCUUGUAUGAGAACGUCGAGUAAGUGUAUGUCAUUACCCAUAGCGCUGUAUGUAGUAUCUCACUGCUUAGUCUGCAGAAAAUAUUGACUUAGAUGUCAGGUUUGCUUUCACCUAGUUAAUGUUUGCUGUGGUAUGAUGUCUUUGAAAUCAGAUACUGUUAAGCUAGACUAGGACUUAAUAAAAAUUGUGAAAGCUUACUGCCCUAACAUUUUAUUUUCUAACAUUUAGUAUGGAUUAUGUGUAUGUAGCCAGAGAUGGCACUGAGCUUUACUGUCAGGGUAGGUGAUGGGGUCAGUUGUUAGGGGAAAGAGCAUUUAAAGCCUAUACUUGGGUUUUUGGUCUUUGUUUCAGCAGACUUGGUUAUUUUAGACUUGUUGAGUUUUGUAAAUGGUUUUCAUUUAGCUGUAUUGAUGAAACACUACAGAUUGAGGCACAGAUGUCAGGGGCUUUGCGCAAUAAAUGGGGCAUGGUGUGCCUUAGGAUAAGAAUGUAAAGGCAACAGUAACUGAAAGUAAAGGAGGUGGCAGUGAAGAGGAAGAAUUCUCCUCAAACCAGGUGUUAGAGAUGUGUUAUUUUGAGAUUUUGAUAACAUUGAUGGACCGUAAUUCUAGAUAGAACAAUAAAACUUAGGUUUAAAGACAUGGAAAACAUUGUUGACAGAUUAUUUAUGGUAGCAAAUCUCAAAUGGUUACUGCCAUCAACUAAGGGCUGCCGUAUCAGAGGGUUGAACUGUUCUGCUACCAGGUUUGAGUCCUUUGUCUGAAGCAUUGUGGUGUAGAAUUACCGAGGACUUCAGUUUGAAACCAUCUGCCAGCCCACAAAGAAUUUUUUUGUGUGUGUGUGAUAGUUUUUCUUUAAAAAAAAAAAAUUCAGUUAACUUUUUUUAGUGUAUCUAGCAGUAACUGUGGUAGAAAAUUGGUGAAAAUAAAGACAUCCUUGUUCUGGAAGUUUAGCCUUUAUCAAAUAAUAGGUACCAAAGUGUUCAAAAUACUGUACAUAUUUUAGAUGAAUGAUUCUUGAUUGAUAAUCCCUUCCCCCUCUUAUUUGGGAAUAUGUGUGUGUCCUAUAAACUUAAUUGAAAGGUUUGUAAAUGAGCUCUUAUUUUUGGCACACAGAAUGGGUUGGUAGAACACAGAAUUUUGAUUUUGAUGUGGAUGGAGAGGGAAUGAUGGGUAAAUUACCUAGGUUUAUAUGAAUUUAGGGGAGUAUACAUUUUGAAACAAUCUGCUAAUAACAGAUGGUGCUGAAAUCUAUUUCCUAGGAUUUUUCUAGCUGUUUAGCACUAUAUUAUAAAACCAUAUGAGGAAUGUUUCUCUGGCACAGUUGUGUAAGUUAACUGCGAAGUUCAUGUAAAUACACUAUUGGAUAUGCAGUAUAUCAGAAUUCAUAAUCUGUAGGAAAGGGAGAAAGCUAGUUUAAGAGAAGAGACUAACUUGUACAGGAAAGAGAACAUAGAGUACUUUGGUUUUCUGUUGAAACUAUAUGUCCUUGCUACGAUUUCUCCCAGCAAGAAGGGUGGUCGUUCUCAAGCAUGGGUGUUUAUUUUGCAAUGUCUCAGUGAAUUCAGUUGAUGUCAGUAUUCAGGCUUUGUCCUUAAUAUGUUCAGUAACAGGGCUUUCUCAUGGGUUUUUCCCCCUCACUGGUGUUUAAAGUAUGAAUGGCAUUGACCAACGGUAAAAACUCUGUAAUGUAAUUUGAUUCUCUUUUCGUUUGCUGUAUAAAUGCCUACGAAAUUCUUCUGAAGAAUUUGCCUGCCUCAUUAGCUAGUCAAGAAGGUGUGAUGAUAUAAAAUGGUUAGAAACAAAGUGUAGAGGGGAAAAAUGAAAGACAAAUAUAUCAUCCUGACUUAGCUUGAGAAAAGAGAAAAAAUUGAGUAUUAACAAAAGUUUGAAAUUUUUAAAAAGUACUAAUAUAUCUAUUGAAAUUGUGAUUUACUUUUUAUGGAAAUAAUACAGUGAAACACUUUUUUUCAAAGACAUGUUUUUCAAGAUAAACUCUAGGGUAAACAUGCACACAGUCACAAAUAUGCUAUUCUGUCAUUGUGGAAUGCCUGUAUGCUUUGUUGGUACAUCUUCCAUGGAGAUGUCAUUGACUAUAGUACUCAACCUGUGAAUAUUUUAAAUGUUGAAAUAAAAAUAAGAACUAUGC